GCGCCAGCUGCCGCACGUCAUGAUUCUACCCCAGGUGAGCGACGAUGUACCCAGACACUACCACUAUCAUCCCGUCGUUAACAGGACGACCGCCGAGAAUCAGUAACCUGACAGACGGGGAAGAAGAUCUGCCUGAAGACGCUUUCUCGCUGCUGUCGGUGCUCGUAGUUGGAUUCCUCCUCGUGAUCCUGAUAUUCUUCUCCGUCGCCGGCAACGUCUUGGUCUGCGUGGCGAUCUACACCGACCGCGGGCUACGGAGGAUCGGCAACCUCUUCCUGGCCUCCCUGGCCGUCGCCGACCUCUUCGUCGGUGGGCUGGUGAUGACCUUUGCCGGGGUCAACGAUCUCCUCGGCUACUGGAUCUUCGGAAUAUGGUUCUGCGACAUCUGGAUCGCCUUCGAUGUUAUGUGCAGCACUGCCUCUAUUCUGAAUCUAUGCGCCAUAUCACUCGAUCGUUACAUACACAUCAAGGAUCCUCUCAGGUACGGUCGUUGGGUGACCAGAAGAGUUGCCAUUGGUGGCAUCAUCGUUGUAUGGCUUCUAGCAGGACUCAUAUCCUUCGUACCGAUCAGUCUAGAUCUUCAUAAGAAUGAUGAUCAACCCAUGUAUGAAGAUAUAGUGGAGGAGCACCCUACGUGUGCCCUAGACAUUACACCUACCUAUGCGGUGGUGUCCUCUUGCAUAUCUUUCUACGUGCCCUGCAUUGUAAUGCUGGGUAUUUAUUGCAGGCUCUAUUGCUACGCGCAGAAACACGUGAAAAGUAUCCGAGCAGUGACGAAGCUGCCGGACACCUCCAUGGCCAAGAGUUUUCGCUCGAAGAGCAGUCGUUGCAAGCCACCGAAGCCGCAGACGAAGACGAAGCCAACCAGCCCUUAUCAUGUGUCCGACCACAAGGCCGCGAUCACCGUUGGUGUAAUCAUGGGCGUAUUCCUGGUAUGCUGGGUGCCCUUCUUCUGCGUCAACAUUGUCGCAGCCUACUGCAAGACCUGCAUAUCUCACCGAGCGUUCCAGGUUCUCACGUGGCUCGGUUACAGUAACUCGGCCUUCAACCCGAUAAUCUACAGCAUUUUCAACACUGAAUUCCGGGAGGCGUUCAAAAGGAUCCUCACGAAGGGGGCACGCGCGCGAGGCAAUCAGCCAUCGAUCAGCGAGUGCGGCGAAUUCCGUUCAGUGGUGGUGCAGAAGCGGAACGGUUCCAUGGUCGAGUGUAACAUCAGUCCGAGAUCGAGCGCAGACAGCUGCCAGGUCGGCGUCAUGGCUCAACGACAUCGCGACACCAUCGUCAGUGCCAUAUAAAGCGAGCUUGUCUUUCGACUUUCUCGGUCACUUUAAACAAUUUCUUUCCUGGAUCUCGCUCUCGCUGCUCGCCUUUGAAGUCGUCGCGAUCGUGCUUCAUUACUCGUCGAUCUCGUUGAAAAAUUUGCGAAUCUGGAGACACCGACAUCAUCCCGACAGAGAAUAACGACAUUAACGCGCGAAUUAAAAUACGCUUCGUGCAAGAGGAAUUCGUUCUUCAUAGUGGCAUAUUAAACUUCCGCGAUCUUCCGCGAACAUACGAAAUAAUUUUAUUUUAGCAUUUAGAUUUACAUUCUUUGUUUGCUGUUUUAAAAUUGGUUUCGAAUUCGCAGUGAAAACCGUCGUGAAAACACAUCGAUGGCAGAUUGCACGAUUUCUAAUAGAACGAUAUCGCUUAUUGUUAUUGUUUCGUACGAACUUGCAAUGUAUGUACAUACAAUCAGCAUCGCCUGUACCAACAAGCACAGUUUACUCUCGCGUACUAAAGUUUAGUAUUUGCAUCCGCAAAGGAAUGAACGCCAAACCGCCUGCCUGCUCAAAGGAAAACUGCAGCUGCAGUUGCAACGAUGUCGUGCUCUGGCUAUAUACAAUCGCGUAAAAUAAGCAUAACUGAGGAUGUGGAUAAUACUCUCUGCUAUAUUGAAUUUCUCCUCACGUAAUAUCAAUCAAUGUUCUAGUUAGUCGUUAAUUUAACCCGAGAAUUCUCUUGGACCAAUAGAAUACGCGUUGCUCGUAUUUCUUCGACAUCAGAUUUUACAAAAGCAAUAUUAGUAAAUGCAGGAACAGGAUGUAAAUCGAGACGUUUGCCAAAUAUUAAACAGAGUGUUUGCUAAAAUCUUGUAAAAAAAUGUUUCCUGAGAAUUCCUGGAUAUUUUCUAGAUAUUUUUAUUCAUAAUUUCUGAUAAAAAAUUAGAGAGUUUAAUACAAUUUUGAAAUAAAUUGUUGUGCAAAGAAACAAACUAUAUUUUGAAAAUUAGUAGAAGUCAGGGAUUCUAUGAGACUAUAUCUUUCGUUGUCUACAAUUAGAGCCGCAGAAAAGAGUAAGUUACUCUUCUCUACCGAAUAUUGUUUUCUACUUUGAUUUUUUUUUAAUUUUAUAUAAAUUUGCA